AUGGACACCAAGGCUACCUUGGAUCCCGGGUCUGUGUGCGCGGGUCUGAGCGUUGAUCCAAACGCCGGAUUCCAAGUGAAAGAGGCGAAGACGCAGAGCGCGAAAACCUGGGAUCAAGGAUUGCCAGCAGGAGAGCUCUCCACCGUCAUCCUCGAUGAGGUGAGCCGAGAGUUCAAGACCUUCGAGGUCGGGGAAGUGGAGGUUCGUGGUGAGACGUUGUCACGUGCCUAUGCGGCUGAUCCAGAGCAGCUCAAGCACCUCAGAUCUGAAAGGACAUCCGGAGAGACCAUCCACUUGGAUGAGCAUCUGCUCUUCAAGGACCAUGAACGGUUUCAGGGCGGUCUCUGGUGCUCGGCGCAGAAGGACAACGGUACCUCUGGCCCCUUUCACUUCCGCGUCCGGUUCCAACCAGGGAAGCACUUGGACAACGAAGCCAAGGUUGUGGAGGCACUGAUGGAGCUUCUGUGGGUGAACCCCCAUGCACAGAAGGACUUCAGCAGUACUGGCUUGCGCCUGCCCGGCUCCUCGCAGAGCGCGGCAAUGCGCUGCGUGGCGGCGUUGAAGUCUCUGAAGGCAUCACAGGCAGACACAGUCUUAGACUUCGUUGUCCCGAUCAUCAACGUCAUCCUGCACGCUCCCUGCAUGGAAGUGCGGAAUGUGCUGUGGGAAUGCUUUGUUUUGGAAGCAGUCAGGAGCGACGUGUCCUUUGGGCACCUCUUCUUCUGGGCCCUGCGGGCCGUAGAGUCCUCGCCACAGGCGAAGAUCGCCGUGCAGACCGAUGCGCAGCGGCGGAUGCACGCUGUCCAGGGCACUAUUUGCUCGAAGGCCCAGCUGAAGAUCACAAUGCGCCACUUGGAGGAGGUGGUUGCUGUUGAGGGAUGUGGCUCAGGGGGACUUCACUUCGUCAUCAUGGAGCUGACGUACAGCUCACGAGCCAUGACCACCUACCCACAGCACGAUGUCUACGUGGAAGACGAGGAUGGUGCACUAUCCGAAAUGCCCUUCAAUGUUGCCCACGCCCUGGUGCGCCUGGGCUGGCAUACCGCUUGGUCUGCUGCACUUCGAGCGGAGGAGGCGGCUUUCCAGGAAGCUGGCGAGGAAUUUCAGAAGCGCAAGCAGGAUCACAAGAAGCUGGCCAAAGAGGCCCGGGAGGCUUGGCAGGCCUUGGCUUUGCCUUGGGCUAGCGGACCGCGUGGCGGCCGGGAAGGCGGCGAGUUUGUGUCACAGGUGCAAAACCUGGCGAAAUCUGCAGCAGACCACUGCGUGGCCAUGAGGAUCUACAAGGAAGACUCUGCCAAAAACACCGCCAAGCUGCACGAGCCCGCCAAAGAGGCUUACUCUCAGUUUGAGACGGCCAGCCGUGUACUGGAAGAGAUGCACGCUGUGCUGGCCCAUGCCUUGUACAAGCGCAUCGUCGAGUUGCUUUGGGCUGUCAGCUGGCAUGUUGCCAACACGGUGGCUGCCAAGCGGGAAGAGCAGGAGGAGGAAGAGGAGGAGAAGGAGGAGGAUGCAGACGAGGACGAGGAGGAAGGAGAGGAUGAAGAGGACGAAGAGGAAGACGAGGAGGACGAGGAAGCACUCUUCGGAAAGGAUUAUCCCGGCUCCUCGGAUGAUCCCGUUGAGGACAUGCGAGGUAUCCUCGGGGUGCUUCACGACCUCUUUGCCCACAAGGAGCCUCUUCGGGGUGUGCGCCUCUGCAUGGCCUUCGAGGAAAAUCUGCCUUCUGUUCUGGAGUCCAUCGCAAAGCUUCCCGGAGCCUUUGGCGAGCCUGGCCUGAAUGCUGUGCGCCUGGCUUUGCCCGACUGGUCAGGCUGCAGCGAAGCCUUGGAUUCCGCUGCAGGGGACUUGCUGCUGAAAGCCGAAGGUUUGGGCCUCCAGGUGGUCCUGGAGCUUCCCGCCGUGUCAGGCAAAGCCUAUGAGGAAUGGCUCCGAAAGGUGGCCGCUGCUUCGCAAUCCCUGAAAUGCGUCGUCGGCGUGGCGAUGCCUCGGGUGGCUCCAGACCGCGCCAAGGGGCUGCUGGCGGCUCUUCGGCAAGGUGGCCUCGCUCAGGAUCGAUGCGCCUGCUUCCUGCAACUUCCGACCGGAGAUGUUGAAGCCGACCAGGAGGAACUCUACCAAAGCAGCUGUUCUGCGGAGGCGCAGGAGUUGCCCGUUUGGCUCGCCGACGGCCAUACGAUGCUGGAGGCGGCUGCAGAUCCUGGCAAGGAUAUUCCUGCCGAAGAGUGGCCAGUCACGGCACAGGUGCUACUGGACGCAGCUUCCAUGCUGUCGGAAGAGCUGGAUGGUUUGCACCUGGUAAGCAGCUGGAGUCUCGCCAAGCUUGGUUCUUGCAAGCUAAAGGAUGUGAAUGAGACGGAGUUGUACAGUGAGUUCGCGCAGCGGAUGCUCGCGGCGGUGCAGGCAGCACCUUGUGGCUUCUUCUUCGAUUCCUGGGCGCCCCCCAGCGGCGAGAACGCCGAGAAGCGAUCGCUGAAGGUUUGUUGCCAGAGGGGCUGGGUCGAUCUGGCAAGCGAGGUCCAGACCAUGUACCCGCACGGCUCUGGCCACACCGUGUCUUUGGUGUAUCUGCAUGGCUUCACAUGUGACGGCUACAGCUAUCUGGCCGAGCCGCAUUAUUUCUACCGGCCGAAGCCGAAGCAGGCGAAGAAGAAGAAGGCGAGCAAGGCCAAGAAACAGGAGGAGGACGACGACGAGGAUUUUGAGGAGCUGGAGCCUUUCCCCGGACUGAAGGUGGUUCUGCCAACGGCACCGCGACGGCCAAUCACCUGCUACAAGGGCGAGAUGCAGCAUGCCUGGCAUGACUACAUCACCGACCACGAGGCGAAGCCGUAG